AUGCUGUUCGUCGAAAGAUCAUUUCUUGCGACCAAGCCCUGGAUCGACUUCACACAAGAAAUGUGGCUAGGCGAGCAUGCUGGCGAGUGGAGUCCGAUGGAGCGACUACUGGAUAUCAUGACACUCGCUUCUGAUUUAUGCGUUCGAGUAAUGGAGUACACACACUCGAAUGGAAAAUCAUCUUCCGAGGAUGAAAUUUUGAGAACUCUUGCAACAUUCGCCGAGGAGGGUCAUCGCCUACGAUCUGAUCUAUAUUCGUGGGAAGAAAUGGCCCAGAUCUGGCCGAGCUCAACCAAAUAUAACCAUCAAAUGAUGAUCGCUUGGGUCUUCUACCCAGCAAUCUCAAUCUAUCUUUCUGGUAUAUACGACUACGAUCGAAUAUGGGAAGCAUCUGGGAUCACAACUCCUGGCCUUCCACGAACGGAGGUCCAGCAGAACGUCGGCAAGAUACUAGAUAGAACGGCACUGGCUCUGAAAGGGACAAAUGUUACGGCGCUCGUCUUCUUAUUCCCACUUCGCAUUGCUGGCGCUCGGGUGACUACAGUCGAAGAACAAGAAAAUAUUCGAACCUUACUGGCUCAGAUCAGCUGCAGCUUCAGUGUCGCGAACGCCAUCUCUUCCGAUCUUGGAGAAGUAUGGGCGGAUCCAGUUCCAAGGCUCGUCACUACGGCGUGA